CGUCGCCUUAUUUCGAUGUCAAGCCUAUGAACACAAUUGUGACCGAAGAGGGCUCUGAGCGGUGGGUCUUCGGGAAAGUGAAUCGAUUCAAUAGUCAGGAAUGUCGGCAAUACUUGUUUUGUUUGACACCAAAGGCCAACAUUAAAUACAAUUGUAGUAUUUUGAAAAACUUGACCGAAAUCGGCAAACUAGACAUCGUGUGGGUCACCGGCAUUGGAGAGCGCGGACACCUCCAGACAUCACAACUCGAAAGAAUGCCCCCAAAUUAUGGAGACAUGAAAUUAAUAAUCGAAAGAAUGGAAAGUAAGGCCAAACUCAAGUCCAAAUUGGAUGUAGUGUUUCGUCUCAUUAAUUGCUGUAACCGUACGGUUGAGCCGAUACUGAAUUUCGAUAACUCGGCUCCAAAUCAGCCACUCUUAUGGUUAGGACUUUCGGGUCGAUCUCUGGGACCAUUGGAAUCGUCGGCUUUUGUCGAUUUUGAAUUAAGUGUUUAUCCCAUAGAAACGGGAAUACAUUGUUUGCCUACUAUUAGAAUAAUUGAUUCUUAUUUAAAAAUU